CUUUCGUUGGAGAUAUCUGUUACAUCACCUACGAGUAACCGAUUGUUGUACAACUUCUCCGUUGAUUCCUUGCCCUUCCCACCCACCCCUUCCCCGUUUGAUUUCUCUUCCUCCUUUUCCCGCUGUAUAAAUUGGAACCCAAAUUCUGAAAUCCUCAUACGAUUUCAGCUGCCUAAGAGAUUUUCAGCGCCAAUGGCAUUCAGAAGCGUCUCCUUCCAUUCUACAGCACCCAUUUCUCAUCUUCAAAGAUUCAAAGACUURCAGUCUUUUGGUGGAAUCAACCACAUUAAACCAUACACAGCAACUGGCCUUGUUUCUGAAUUAGCCUCAAACUGCAAUGCAAGCAAAUUGUUUUUGGGCACCAGGGGAUCAGUCCAAACAAGAGCUGCAGUUAUACCUGGAGAAGGAGGAAUUCUGUCUUCUUCCAAUGGCAAUGCUGUAGUUGCUAAUGAUACCAUCCUCGAGAAUCAGCCAGAUUCAGCUUCUAUAAGUAAUAGCUUUCCUGUUGACGAAGACGAAUAUGAUUUUGAUCGUCCAACAGAAGGUUUUGCUUCUGUCGCAGAUGCCAUUGAAGAUAUUCGCCAGGGGAAGAUGGUGCUUGUUGUCGAUGAUGAAGAUAGAGAAAACGAAGGAGAUUUGAUAAUGGCAGCGCAGGCUGCAACUCCUGAGGCCAUGGCUUUCAUUGUAAAGUAUGGAACGGGAAUUGUUUGUGUGGCGAUGAAAGGUGAAGAUCUAGAGAGGUUACAGAUUCCCCUCAUGGUGAACGAAAAGGAGAACGAGGAGAAACUCUGUACUGCUUUUACAGUGACAGUGGAUGCAAGAGAAGGUACAACCACUGGAGUCUCGGCCAGUGAUAGGGCAAUAACAGUACUGAAACUUGCAUCAAGAGAUUCAAAACCUUAUGAUUUUAAGCGGCCUGGCCAUAUCUUUCCACUCAAGUACAGGGAAGGUGGUGUUUUGAAGAGAGCUGGACACACCGAAGCAUCUGUCGAUCUUGCAAUGCUUGCCGGAUUAGAUCCAGUUGGUAUUCUUUGUGAGGUGGUUGAUGAAGAUGGUUCCAUGGCUAGGUUACCGAAACUUCGUGAAUUUGCUCAACGGGAAAACUUGAAGAUCAUUUCCAUUGCUGAUUUAGUCAGGUAUCGGAGGAAGAGAGAUAGAUUAGUCGAAUGUGUUGGAGGUGCUGCUCGCAUGCCAACUACAUGGGGACCAUUUCAGGCAUAUUGUUACAGAUCUAUCUUGGAUAAUGGCAUUGAGCACAUUGCAAUGGUUAAGGGUGAUAUUGGCGAUGGACAAGAUAUUCUGGUGAGGGUGCACUCCGAAUGCCUCACUGGAGAUAUUUUCGGAUCAGCUAGAUGCGACUGUGGAAACCAACUUGCUCUGGCGAUGCAACUGAUCGAGGCAGCAGGCAGGGGUGUGUUGGUGUAUCUCCGCGGACAUGAAGGUCGGGGCAUCGGUUUGGGCCACAAACUUCGUGCGUAUAACUUGCAAGAUGAGGGGCGGGAUACUGUUGAAGCCAAUGAGGAACUGGGACUGCCAGUUGAUUCUCGUGAAUAUGGCAUUGGUGCACAGAUUCUAAGGGAUCUUGGGGUGAGAACAAUGAAGCUGAUGACAAACAAUCCCAAAAAGUACAUAGGACUGAAGGGGUAUGGGUUGGCAGUUUCAGGGCGAGUUCCCCUGAUAACCCCAAUUACAAAGGACAACAGGAGAUACCUCGAGACGAAGCGCGCCAAAAUGGGGCACGUCUACAACUUGGAUAUCGGUGGUAGAUUUAGAAAUCUGAUCGAGGAGCACGAAAAAUCGAAUGGCAAUGCAAGUGCAUCGAGUGAUGCCGUGGCUUAAACUCGAGCAAGUGAUGUGGAGAAUGAGAAAAAAAAGUUCAUCUAUGGGAGUGAAAUGGUGCAGCAGCUGCUGGCUGACCCAUAAGCAAAAUGAAGAUGAAGCCUAAGUUGUACUUGUACUGAAACUGGGGUACCAUGACUAUUAAUUUCGUUUCAUUUGUUGCAUUCAAACUAGUUUAAUUUUCGGGAAACAUUUGUGACCGUGAAUUAUAUAAUAUGCUAUGCUUAAAUUUAGAAUUGAA